AUUCCGGGGCGGCGCGCGCAUGCGCGGGGGUGGGUGGGCGUGGCUGAGAGUGCCCGCUGCGGGUCCUCGCGUUGCCCCUGGAAACCACUCUGCGCUGCACGAUGUGAGAGGGGAAAGACGUAGCCGCUCAAGAUGGCGAAAGACUUGGACAAGCUUCUGGAUGAGGUUGAGUCCAAGUUUUGCAGACCAGAUCCACUGAGACUGGGCACGGCCGAGCGGCCCAAAGGCUGCGGCGGCAUUCUCAGCAACGACCGGAACGGAGCCGAGGCGAAAGAGAAUCUCAGAUCAACAGAAACAUUGAAAAAAGAAGAUGAUCUUGACAGUCUUAUUAAUGAAAUAUUUGAAGAGCCCAACUUUGAUAUAAAAUCCUUUAAAUUAAAAUCUAAAUCUUCAGGUAACACAUCUGUCAGAGCUUCCAUUCAAGGCCUUGGUAAGAGCUGCAGCCCUGUGUACCUAGGCGGAAGCACUGCACCGUGUGGCAUUGGAACAAGGACUUCCCAGAGAGCAUGUGACCGUCUACGCUGUACAGCAUGUGAUUUCUGGGUAGAAAGCUAUGAUGACUACAUGUGGGACAGAUCGUGCGAUUAUAUGUUUCUCAGGAACAACAUGCCAGAAUUCCAGAAAUUAAAAACAAAGUUGGUAAAGAAGAAAGGAACACGGGCAUAUGCCUGCCAGUGUAGCUGGAGAACUGUCAGAGAACUGACUGACCUUCAGGACGAUCAUCAGCUGCGCUGGGUUUGUGGCAAACAUCAGGAGUGAAGACUUCUCAUGGACCAGUGCAUCCACGAGAGCAACAUCCAUUAACCAUCAUAAUAUUUAGGUAACGGUACAUAGCAGUAUCAUGCCCUUUCAGAAAAGACAAGAAACUUCAUGACUAUACCCAUUUCAAAGACCAAAUGGACUUAAGAAGAUAGUGUGCUUUAUUUACCAUUUUGGAAUUAGUCCUUGUUUGAUACAUGGACAGUGCACUUUGUAAGUAAGGUAACAACUUAGCCAAAUCUUCUUUGACAGCCUGUCUCUGUUUAGUGGAAGUUUAAGUAAGCAGUUUUUGGCCAGUGUAUAGCCGUUCAUUAACAACUGCAGUAUUACUGACCGCCAGUAUACUUAGCAUGAACAUGCCUCGGAAAGGGAUACAGUGCCCAGUGCAGAGAGGCCAUUCAGGUCCAGUCAGAGCUGUUGGAAAGAUGCUGCUGUAGAUGUGGCAGCAACUCGGUGAGUAGUGACUAACUGAAAGAGGGUUUUCAGGAGUACAGGUAUCCUGUCAAUAAAUACACCGCCUGUAUCUGAUCUUACCUCAACCACUGAGAGUGAUACUAUGUACAGUAGUAAGUAUGUAUUACAGAUUUUAGCUUAUCUCCCCUUUUGUUCAUUUAGAUAUCAAAUGUUACUUAGUUUGUAAUUUUAGCAAAUAUCCAUUUAGAUAUAAAAUUUUUUUGAUGCACCUACAAUCACAAGGGAAGAUCCUAAUACUGAUGUCAUUUGUUGGCCUUUUCAAUACUUUUAGCCUUUAAUGCCUAAAACACUAAUCAAGUGAUCAGCAAGUAAGAUAUUUUCUCUAGCAGUCUUUUGAUUUUUCUGGUAGGAUCAGAUUGACCUACCAUUUGUUAAAUGAGUGUAUGAAGAGAAAUAAACUUAGCCGAACCAACCCGUUGACUCGUUUUUGACGCUGACAUCACUGAGACUUGGAGGACCCCACAAACCAGCGCACUCAGGAAAUCAGUUACCUCAGAAUUACCAGCUCCCAGCCACCUUCAUGAGACUUCUGGGAACUUCCCAAUCUGCCAAAAGUUCCUUAGUGCAUGUGUCUAAAAUAUAGUUCAGCUGCGUGACCCAAGGCAUGCCAAAAGGCAGUCACGAAAGCAGAGUUCCGAUCUGCUUAGGCUUACGCUGAAUCCAGCCACCUAAGCAAAGGAGAAAAAUAUGGUCAUUAAAAUCUUUUUCCUAGCCAUGACACAGUUGUACAUUUACUCUAAUAAUUCUAGCAUUGUGACAGAACAAAUCUGGUGGCAGAUACAUUUUUGGAUUAAGAAUAUACUUAUUGAAUAGGUGUUUUGAAGAUCUUAUCUUUCAGUAAAAAUGUUUACUCCCUAAAAUUGUAUCUCACUGCAGUGUAUCCAGAAACAGAGAAGGGUUUGAAUUGAAGCCCCCUAUUUCCUAAAAAUAGCACAGCAACAAAAUCUACACAUUCUGAACCCCAUGGAAUUUGGCACAUAGUCACAUGGUGAUGUUUGCUUAUCAUUCAAAUGAACAAAUUUACUGAAUUAUUAAUUUGAAUAUAUACUUUUAUUAUUUCAUCAUAACUAACCUAUAACUUGGAUACGUUGCCCAUGUUUGGCACUUUAUAACACAGUAAUUGUAAUAAUUCCCCAAUGUCGGAAAUGUAUAUAUGACUUCACAUUUUUGUUGGCAAUUCAUCUUACAAGCUUUUUAAUAUUAUAGAAUUUCUAAUCUAAAAUAUAGAAACAAUAUUUUGUACACAGAGGGAUAAAUUAUUAUCAGUCAUAAUUUAAGCCAAAAUGCAAUUACUUUAGUAUCAGUGCAGGAGAAAAGCAUAGUUUCUGAUGAACCAUAAUUUUAAAAUGCAAAAAUCUAUAAAACUUAUUGUUUUGCCCAUUUGUUUUCAAUGUUUGUAAUAAUUUUCUGCCUAUAGCAAGUAUCUAUUUUUUGUCAAGCCAGGGAACUACUUUAUUUGAACUGUAUUAUAUUCUCUGCCCUUAAUCCUACCUUGAAAUGAAUAAAUAAUAAAG